AUGGCCGCCAGUGACGACUACGAAAUUUUGUCCACCAUAAAAGUGAAUGGUUCCAAUGGAAUUCCUGUGACUAAAUACAGAUCAAAGCGAUCGGGAUUGACGUUAUGUAUCGCAGAAGUUGAUGGACCCAUUGUCAAUGGCUAUUUUUGUCUUGCAACGGAAGCUCAUGAUGAUGAUGGUCUUCCCCAUACUCUCGAGCAUCUCGUGUUUAUGGGGAGUGAGGAUUACCCAUACAAGGGAGUUCUCGAUCUGCUUGCGAACCGUUGCCUUGCCUCUGGGACCAACGCUUGGACUGACACAGACCACACGUGCUACACCAUGACUAAUGCUGGCAGUGAGGGCUUCCUCAAGCUCAUGCCUAUCUAUCUAGACCACGUCCUCUAUCCAACCAUAACAGAAUCUGGCUACAUCACUGAGGUGCACCAUGUAAACGGAGAGGGUGAUGAUGCUGGGGUGGUCUACUGUGAGAUGCAGGCUCGCGAGAACAGCGGGGAGAGUCGCACUUACCUAAGCAUGCUGAGGAGCCUGUACCCAGGGCAUUGUGGGUACAAGUCUGAAACGGGCGGAAUGUUGGAAGAACUGAGGACAAGCACGUCACAUGAAAAAGUUUGUAAUUACCACAAGGAGUUUUAUCGGCCAGAGAAUCUGUGUCUGGUGAUAACGGGCCAGGUGAAGGCUGAAGAUGUAUUUGAAGCUCUGAAAACUUUUGAGGACAAGAUUGAGAAAAAGGGUGAGAGAUCUCCGCACGUUAGGCCUUGGCAGAGCUCCGUGCCGCCUCUGGAAUCAAGCGAGGAGAAGUACGUGCAUUACCCAUCAGAUGAUGAGGACCAUGGCAUAGUGAUAACAGCGUGGAGGGGUCCCAUGGCGAAGGAUCAGUUCAAGAUGACGGCCUUGAUGGUCCUAAUGGAGUAUCUCACUGACACAGCUAUUGCACCUCUGCAGCGCGAUUUUGUUGAGUUAGAUGAACCUUUUUGUAGUAAGGUUCGAUAUUCCAUCAUCGAGAACAAUGAAGCUUGUGUGUACAUAUAUUUUGAGAAUGUUCCCAAGCCAAAGCUUGGCCAAAUCAAAGAAAGACUCCUGGCGCUGCUGAAGAAUAUCGUCGACAAGAAGGAAGAGAUUGACAUGAAACGCAUGGGAAAUGUGAUUCAGAGACGCGUGUUAGAAUCAUAUGACCAUCUCGAGACCCAACCCCAUGACACGUUUGCUUUUAUAUGUAUUGGUGAUUUCUUGUAUGGAGAUUCAAAAGAAGAUUUUUCAGAACGAUUCAGCCAAAUAGAAAGCUUCCGAAAGCUCAGAAAGAAUGCGGCUGAAUAUUGGGUUGAUAUGGUGAAGGAAUUCUUCGUUGGAAAGCCAUAUGUUUCGAUAAUUGGCAAUCCGAGCCAACAGCUGAUGGAGGAGAUGGGCAAGGUGGAGAAGGAGAGAGUUGCUAAGCAACAGGAGGAACUGGGUCAGAAUGGUUUGAAAGAACUUGAAGAAAAGUUGAAGAAAGCUACUGAGGAAAAUGAGUUGGAGCCACCUGAAGAUGUGAUCACUAGUGUCGAUGUGCCCAGCGUGUCGUGCAUCAAAUUCCAUCCUCUCAAACCUUCCAGCAAUCAUGUGAAAGCCACUGCUAAUGCCAACAAGUUGUUUCCGCUGGCAGCCGUGCCAGUAGCAUUUCAGCUCGACGAUAUCCGCACAAAUUUUAUCCAGAUGACUGUGUUGUUCAACUGCAAAACCAUUCCACAGGAGCUGCGUCUGUAUCUGCCAUUAUAUUUGGAGGUCAUCCUGGAGUCGCCAAUCAUGAGGAACGGAGAGCUUGUGAACCAUGAAGAUGUGAUUGCUGAGCUCGCUGCUGACACACUCUCCAUUCAGUCUGGGGUAGGAAUCUUUGGCCAUCGGUUCAGCUGUGGAGAUUUUGCACAGAGUGCAAAUCUCAAUAUCAAGGUUGAGAGGGAGAAGUACGAGAAGGGUGUCCAGUGGCUGCACGAUCUCAUGUAUGAGGUGAAGUUCAAGGAAGAACGUGUGAGAAUCAUCGCCACGAAGAUGUCUAACGAUGUGUCUCGUCUGAAGAGGAAUGGGGGGAUGGUGGUGAAAACAAUGUUGGGAGGAUUGAACUAUGAUAAGAAGAGUAACCAGUGGGCUACUAACAUGAUGAGGCAGCAGAAGUUCCUCAUGAAGACUUUGGAGAAUCUCGAAAAGGACCCUCAAGAAAUCCUCGACUGCCUCAAGAGGCUCGGUGAGACAUUGACGAAACCGUCAAACUUCAUCGUGCACAUGGCGGCCGACGUCGAGAAGUUGUCAAUGGACACGACACCUCAGUCGCCAUGGAAAUAUUUCCUUCCCAAGGGAUUGGAGACGCCCUCUGGGGAUACCGAAAUUUCCAUUGUGCCCUCGUAUGAGCUGUACAACGAAAUGUCCAACUUGCAUGGCCUGAUCUGUGGCGUCGGUAGCGUUGAAUCGAGCUACCUCACGCAGAGUGUUCCAUGCGUGCAGUCGUUUGAGGAUCCCGAUCUGCCCGCUAUCAUGGUCUACAUCCAGUACCUGACGCAGCUAGAAGGCCCGAUGUGGCGUCAGAUACGUGGUCUCGGCUUAUCAUAUCACUACAGCAUCAGUGUACAGCCCGAGACUGGUCAACUCUAUUUUGUCUUGUACAAGUCUUCACAGCUUGUCGCAGCAUAUAAACAGGCCAAGGAGAUAUUUGACGGCUAUCUCUCCCACCGCACACCGUUCACCGAUGUUGAGCUGGAGACGAGCAAAAGCAGCUUGAUAUUUGAAAUCAUCGAGAGAGAAACAAGUGUUUCUGAUGCUUCGGUGCAAUCUAUGCUCUCCUACUUCAGAGGUGUCCACAAAAAUUACAAUAGAGAAUUGUUGCAGAAGGUGUCAGCAGUGACUCUCGAUGACCUUGAGACUGUCGGUGCAAGGUACUUCCUUACCUUGUUUGACCCUUAUAAGGCCAAUGUUGCAGUCUGCUGUCAUCCGAAUAAGGUCACAGAGAUCAAGGAGGGAUUCAAAACUGAGUUUGGCCGAGACUUGAAGGUAUUGGAAUCGCUUGAUGAGGGAUUUCUUGUUGAAAUGUGAUCAUGUGGAACACUUGCUUGGAGACUUGAGUUACACUUGCAUGGAGGUUGGCAGUACGCCUGCUUAAAAUCUGGAGUCCCUCUCUAUUAGGGACUUCUUGCUGAAAUUUGUUCAUGUGGAAUACUCGCUCAGAGACGGAAGAUCAAAUUUUCUUUCAAACUAGAGUCGCACAUUAUCAGGGACUACUCGUUGACGUGUUAUCAUGUGGUACACUUGCUUGGAGAUUGGCGGUAGCCUGCUUGGAGACUUGCUUUAUUAAGGACUGAUACUGAAAUGUGUUUUUGCACCAACUGUCUCAUUUUUUUGGUUGAAGAAAUGUGCUAAAUAAAAGGUUUAAUUUGAA